AACUUAAAACCCGAGAAAACGAACACAAACCCGGUUUUCUUCCCGCCAUGUUAUCCCUCUUUCCAAAAACCCUAUCCUCUUCAUUCCACCCCAAAACCCUAAUCCCUAACCACAAACCCUCAAAUCUCCGAUCUCUCACUGCAAUUCAUUCCAAUUCACACCAUGAAACCGAAAGAAACUUCAAAUUCGACACCGGCAACACCUUCUUCCGCCACGAAAGCGCCACCGGCCGCGAUCUAGCCGUUCUCGCAGCCACCCUACACAAAAAGUCCACCGGUAACCUUCGGGUUCUCGACGCGAUGUGCGGGUGCGGAAUUCGGUCCCUUCGGUACUUAGCAGAAGCCGAAGCUGAUUUUGUAUUGGCUAAUGAUGCUAAUGAGGAGUGUAAUGGUGUAAUUGUGUCGAAUUUGUCGAGUGUUUCGAGUGCGGGUGAGGGGAGGUGGAAAGUGAGUCAUGCGGUUGCGAAUCGAGUUUUGGCGGAGAAGUAUGUGGAGAGGGAGUUUUUUGAUUUUAUUGAUGUUGAUUCGUUUGGGAGCGAUUCGAGUUUUUUUCGGAUGGUGUUUGAUACUGUGAAGAUUGGUGGAUUGAUUUAUGUUACGUCGACCGAUGGGUUUUCUUCGGGUGGGCAUCGGCCUGAUCAUUCUUUGGCUGCAUAUGGGGCGUAUAUUCGGCCGCUUCCUUACUCAAAUGAAAUCGGUUUGAGGAUGCUUAUAGGCGGAGCAAUGCGGGAAGCUUCUGUUUUGGGUUAUCACGUUUCGCCGCUUUUCUCAUACUAUUCGUAUCACGGGCCUGUGUUUCGAGUGUUGCUACGCGUUAACCGAGGAAAGCCACCACAUGGCAUUCAUUAUAGGUUUAUUGGCUACUGCGAGUCUUGUGGACAUUCUCAAGCUAUUUCUUGGGUCAAACUUGGUCAAAUAAAGUGUCCUUGUGGAUCAGAUGUGCCUGAUUCGCUUAUUGUUUGUGGGCCGCUAUGGACCGGCCCACUUCAUUGUGCAUCUUAUCUUAAAGAAAUGCGUACUUUGGCAGGAGAAUGGGGAUGGUUGGGUGAUGGUACGAAAAAUGACCUUGAUAAGUUAUUAAACCGGAUGAUUGAUGAAAGCGAUCCCAAUUUACCGUUUGGUUACAACCAACUUGACGAGAUAGCAAGUCGUGCAAAGGUCAAUUCUCCUCGUAUGGUGACCCUAAUGAGCGCCAUCCAGCAGAAUGGAUACAGUGUUAGUAGAUCACAUAUAUCCAACAAUGCAAUCAAGACAAAUUGUCCCAUGUCAGAGUGUAUUAGGAUCACGAAAGAAAUCCAAAACGCGUAGCGUUGCUGUUCGUGUGAGCCGCCUGCAAGCAAGUCCUUAGGAAAGUUGAUUUUUGUGAUCUUAUAGAAACAAAAGUAGGAAAUGUAUGGUUAAAUUAAACCUUUUGAGCCUUUUUCAAGCUAGCUUAGACCAAGCGGUAUGGGGGCCGGCUUAGGCCCGGCGCCGGUCCCCCACACCGCCCCCUCGCCCCGUCUUGUUAAACCCGGUUCCCAGAUGACGUUGUUGACGGGCUGCUUUCUUUCUCUCUCUCUCAUCUUUGUCUCUCUUCUCUCUCUAUCUCUCUCUAAAAUCAAAUAAAGUUUUAUAUUUUUUAAA